AUGCCAUCAAGGGCAGAGUGCAUAAACAUAAUGCCAUUCCAAGAUACUCAAUACAAUUGGACAGAUGAUUUACCUGUUUGUAAGCAAUCUGGUGUCGGAUUUUCAACUAAUCAAAUUUAUCGCGAGGAUGGAUAUCGUCAAGAAGAGCAUCCAUUCGAAGAUCGUAGCUUUCAUUGCAAAUACGAUGAUACAACUUUUCUCUAUGGUGUAUUCGAUGGUCAUGAAGGAACAAAAGCUGCUAAUUUUGCGAUGCAAAGAAUGGCAGCAGAAAUUUUACUUGGACAAUUAAACGGUAAAUUUACCGAUGAGGAAAUAAAGGAAGUUCUUAGACAAGCAUUUAUAUCGGUGGAACGUGGAUAUUUAGAUUCCAUAGGUGAUUUGUUAGCAGAACGCACAAGUUUACAAUUUGAUAUUCCUGAUGGUUUGAAUUCCUAUGAAACGUAUCAAAAAUUUCCUCACUUGGUCGACAAAUUAAAUUCAUUAAAUUGUGAAUUGUCGGCGGGAACAAGUGCAGUUGUUGCACUUGUUUAUAGUGGUAGAUUAUAUGUCGCAAAUGUUGGAGACAGCAGAGCAUUGUUAUGUAAAACUGAUGACAAUCAAGUAUUAAGAGUUAUUCAGUUAAGUGUCGAUCAUGAUUUACGUAAUGAAGAUGAACUUCUACGGUUAUCUCAACUUGGUUUAGACACAGAUUCUAUCAGACAAGGUUCUCACCUUGGAAAUCAAGAAAAUACACGUUGUCUUGGAAAUUAUCUUGUUAAAGGUGGAUAUAGAGAAUUUGAAGAAUUAUCAUCUGCCAAGGCAGAGCCUAUUAUAGCAGAACCAGAAAUUCAUGGUGGAAUAGAAUUAGAUGAUUCAUGCAGAUUUCUAUUACUCAUGUCUCGUGGACUCUAUAAAUCAUUGGAAGAAGCAACAGGAACCGAUCAAGUUAAUAAAGAAUUAGCUCUUAUGGCUGUUGAACAGUUUCGCGUUCAAUCAACUUUAACGGGUGUUGCUCAAGCUGUAGUAGAUAAAAUAGUAAGAAUUCACCAUGACGUUAAUAUGAGUAACUCGCAAAGUACUUUAACAACUAGUAAACGAGACGACAUUACACUUCUCGUACGAAAUUUCAAUUUUCCUCUACCACAUGCUUUAAAAAGUCCAACGGGUCAAGCGGUAAGAUUCAAUCCAAUAGUUCAAACAGUACCAAUGUGUACAUUAACAGACAACGAUGAUUGUUCUAAUACAAGUUCGGUUGCUAUGGAAAGUAAUUUUGAUAUAUCAACUAGCGAAACAUCGACUGCGUCUGAUUUAACUUCGUCUAGUGCAAGACCGGCGGAUAGAAACGCGAGAAUAAAAUCUUAUGUUAAUUUUUCGGAAUAUUUCGAAAAUGUAGAAAAGAGAAAGAAAGAGGGAACAUUACCAGAAGGUAUUAAUUUUUAGUAUUGUAAUAUAAAAGUAGAAUCAAAGAUAUUAUUUUAGAUAUUUAAAAUAUACUUCAGCUUUGUAUAUUGCCUGCCAUAUUUUUGUGUUCAUUAUUCUA